AUGGUGUUUAUUAAAGAGGAGAGUGAAGACGUGAAGAUUGAAGAAGCAUUCAGAGUCAAACAUGAAGAUACUGAGGAACAAACAGACCUAUUGUCAUUGAAAGAGGAGAGACAAGAAUUGGAUGAAAUCGAGGAGAAGGAUCAGUAUGUGGAACGUAGUAAUUCUAUAACUAGAAAAAAAUCCAUAAAGACUAAAAAGACUUCAUCACGAAAAAGAGCCCAGAAGACCAAAUCUAACACCUGCCAUCAGUGUGUAAAGAGUUGCUGUGGAAAAAAAGUCCUUGAUGAACACAUGAGAAUUCACACUGGAGAGAAGCCUUUCACCUGCCCUCAGUGUGGAAAGAGUUUCCGUCACAAAGGUAACUUUAUAAGCCACGUGAGAAUCCACACGGGAGAGAAGCCGUUCACCUGCCAACAGUGUGGAAAGAGUUUCCGUCACAAAGGUAACUUUAUAAGCCACAUGAGAAUCCACACUGGAGAGAAGCCUUUCACCUGCCAACAGUGUGCAAAGAGUUUCAGUCAAAGCGGGCACCUCAUAACCCAUAUGAGAGUUCACACUGGAGAGAAGCCUUUUACCUGCCAACAGUGUGGAAAACAUUUCACUCAAAAGUGGAGCUUUUUAAAACACAUGAGAAUUCACACUGGAGAGAAGCCUUUCACCUGCCAACAGUGUGGAAAACAUUUCACUCAGAAGUGGAGCUUUUUAAAACACACGAGAAUUCACACUGGAGAAAAGCCAUUCACAUGUGAUCAGUGUGGAAAGAGUUUUGCACUAAAAGAAACCCUAAAUUCUCACAUGAAAAAUCACUCCGGAGAGAAUGGCUAUAUAUGUGAUCAGUGUGGAAAGAGUUUCAGUCAUAAAGUAAGCUUCAAGACUCACAUGAGAGUUCAUACUGGAGAGAAGCCUUACGCAUGCUCUCAGUGUGUUAAGAGUUUCAGUCACAACGGGAACCUUACAAAGCACAUGAGAAUUCACACUGGAGAGAAACCUUACAACUGCAAACUGUGUGGGAAGAGCUUCUCACGACAAGGAUCUCUUAAGAGUCACAUGGUCGUUCACACUGGAGAGAAGCCGUUCACGUGUGAUCGGUGUGGAAAGAGUUUCGGACGUAAAGUAAACCUUAAUCAACAUGUGAAGAUUCACUUCAAGAGAACUGUUUUAGAUGUUGUCAAUAUGGAAUAAUUUUCACAGACAGUAAAACCUUAUGCAUCAUGUAAUAACUGGAGAGAAGUGUGCCAU